CCUCUUAUCGCACUUCUCUCACUAUUGGUAUUAUCAUCGGAAGCGGUAUCCAUCAAUGUUUCUUUCUGAUAAACUUGCACCACACUUCAAUUCCACACUCUUUACUCAUCUCCACACCCACCAGUUUGAGUUAGAGUGCUUCCCUCGCUUCUCCAAGAAAAGGGUUGGUACCCUUUUCAUGCCAUGGUAUUUCCCUGAACUGAAGAGCAAUACCCGUUUGUGCCUCACUUUCCGUGGAAGAAGGCUUUGUUCAAGUUUCAGCAAUGAUAGUUCACCAGAGCUAUCAGAUGCAUACAGCCAUGAAGGUUCACCAGACAGUGAAGAGAAUAAGAAAGGAAAUUUUCUGUCAAGCAAUGAGUUUUACAUUGCUCCAGCACCUGCAAAGAUGGGCUAUGGUGCAGCUGUAAAAAGAUUUCUCAAAGUGAUGGCCAUGGUGUGGGCUGGUAGUCAAAUCACUAAACUUGUAAGAGCAGGAGGAGCAUUGACACUGACACCUUUUGUUGACAGAGGAUUGUCCUGGUUUACUCAUAAGUUUAAGUUUCAAACACGGGAAGGCUUUCAUGGCAAUAGUGGGACUCUGUCUUGGAUUGGCCGUCAUUGUAUUUUUGGUCAUCACACUGCUUUGGGCAUGAUGCUCCUUUCUGCCUCCUUCUUGAAAGGACAUUUAAAUUUAUUUGUCACCUCAAAAUGUAUAAACAAUUUUUACUAUCCCAUAAUGGUUUUGCUCUAAAAUACAUUGUUGAAUUUUUAGAAUGUUGUAUAUGACAUUGUCUCACAAAAUUACACUUUUUUCAUGUAUGUGCGUACAUGUUCCUUACA